AUGACUUUUAAACCAAACUCACCAAGAACACUCUAAGCAUGCUAGGUGUUAGGAAUAGAUACAAACAUUUUUCAAAUUAAGUAAAGCAAUUGUUAUUUAGCUUUUUAGAGAUUUCAACUAUUUUCAUACUAAUGAUUGCAAUAGCGAUGAAAUUAUUCAAUUGAGAUAUGAACAUUAUAUUAAUAAAACCUAUUGUAAAAUUCAACAAUAUUUUAGAAUUAUUGAAUGAAAUAUUUAAAAAAAGAAAAGAAAUCAUAAGAAAAAAUAGAUAACGUUAAUUAUAAAAUGCUUCGAUUGAGUCUCGGGAUAGAUCAGUUUCUCUUAAAUAAGGUUAUACUAUCGAUUAGUUAGAGUAUAUUUUUCAAGUUUAUUUUAUUUAUCAAGGUUGAAAAAAUAAAUGGAUUAUGCUUAUAAUAAGACUUUAAAGUAUUUAUAAUAAUAAGAUUUGCUUGAAGGAUCAGUUCCAUAGAAUUUAUGUGAAUGUUAGGAUGUUGCUGAGUUAGAAGAGGGGUUUAACAAAGAAUUAUCUAGAUAUAAUAAACAUAAAAUUUAGAAAAUAGUAUCUCUUAUUAUAAAUCUUAGAGAGAAGCUUAAAUCAAAUUAGAAGAAGACAAAAGAAGAGUUGAAUUGCUGGAAAAAUUAUAGGAAAGAGAUUAAAGGAUAAUUAAAACCAUGAUAUAGAAAUAAAAAGAAAUGAAAUAAAAAUAUAGUUCUAACAAAUUAGAAAAUAAAAGAAUAGAGACUUAAGAAAUGGAAUGUAAUUCUCUACCUAGAGAUAAUGAACCAAAAAAUAAUAUAUUAUAAUUAUCGUAAAUAUAUAAUUUAUAAUAAGAACUAAUGAAUAUAGAAGUAAAAUGUUGAUUAAAAGUGAUGAUAAAAAAGAAAAGAAAAAAAGAGAAUAAGUUUUAUUAAGAUAGGAAGAAUUCUAAAAAUAAAUUGAUAUUGAUUGUCAAAUGCAAAUGGCUAAGAUACAAUAAAAAUUAGAUAAUAGUGAGAAACUGCAAAAAGAAUUAAUUUAAAACAAAAUAGAAAAAAUAAAAGAGUAAAAUUUAAAAGAAUAAUAAAUUAUGAAACAACAAAAGUAACUUAAAGACAAGAUAUCACAAGAUCACAUCAAUUCUCUCUUAGAAAAAAUGGUGUAAAAAGAAAAAGAUUUUCAAAUUAACUAAAAUUCUAUUUAGAAUGUAGAAUAAGAAAAAAAAUUAGAAACUAAAUAAAAAUAAAGGAAAAUAAAAUCACAUUAAGGAGAUAUUUCUAAAGAUAGAGAGUAAUAAUUCAUUCAUACUUUCUAGCCAAAAGUUAAAGCAAUUCAAUGAGAAGUUUUUAAAAAUAGAAUAAUUUAAUAAAAUUAAAAAAGUAAUCAAAUUAAUCAAUUUAGGAAGAAUAUGAUAAUAAAAUUUUAUUGAAAUAAGAAAUAAGAAAAUUAAAAGAAUAAGAUAAAGAAGAUAUAUUAGAAAGAUAAAAACGAUAAAAUGAGUAUAGAAUGUUAGAAAUUACAGAUAAAAACAGAUGGAUUGAUGAAAAAAAUUAAUUAAAAUAAUAUUAAAAUGUAAAAAUUUUUUUUAUAUUAAUAGACUCUCUUAUAAUAGACAUCUAUGGAAAUCAGUAAAUAAGAAAUAUUAGAAAGAAAUAGGAUAUAUUCACAUGUGUAGUAAAUGAGUGACAAUCUUUUCAAUAAAAAAGUUAGAAAACGAAAGUAAUUCAAUAAAAUAAAAAUAAGUAUGAGUCAAUUUCAAAAAAAUGUUGUGACAAUUAAUCCUAGAGUUAAAAAUCAAAAAGAAGACUCAGAGUUUGAAGAUAAUACUAGAUUAUUAAUAACACUGCUUUAAACAUCUGAUGCAUAAGAAAGGUAAAAAAAUAAAUUAAGUAGAAGACAUAAUUGA